AUGGCCUUCUUCAACUUAUAUCUGUUAGGAUAUCAAAAUUCCUUUCAGAACAAGAAGAGGGACAAACCUGAAGAAACAAACCAGAAGGAUCCAGUGCCCACGAGGCUUCCCCCUAUUUCCUCAGAAGAUGGGAAUUAUUCUGUGCACCAAAAUAGCCACACAAAGUACCACGAAGCUGUUCGGAAGGUAUCGUUAAAGACAUUCCCUAAUCAAGUCUUCAGGGUCCCCCUGACUGAUGCUCAGAACUUCAGCUUCUGGCGGUCCAAUGCUGCAGGAGUGCGCCCAGAAGAGACCAUGCCGUGGAUCCGGAACCCCCGCCACUGCCUCAUCAAAAGCGCAAUGACCAGGUUUAUGGAUCACUCUAUUCUCAAUGACAGGAACUUCAGUCUGUAUUAA